AUGGAUGCAUCGACACGGCUAUAUAAACGACUAGGCGAAAUACCGGAAGACCCGAAUGACCCGGAUAGUCUGGACGACCUCGUCGUGUGCGCGUUUGGGGCAUUUGAGCGGUACUAUCUUUGCUGGAAAACUAGGGCUGGCGAGUACAAACAAGAUGACUAUGGCUUGCCGCCUGCGCUGAAAGACUGGCUGUACCCAAGUGACGGUUCGACACGGGACUUUGAUUCGCUACAGGUUGUUUUUGGUCGCGGAGAAGAAUACUUUGCAUCGGAUAAAGACGGAAAGGUAGAGCACAAAGAGCCGGAAGUGAGGAAACAG